GGGCUGCGGCAGCGGCGGGGACGUCGGCUGCCCCGUCCCUGUGCGGCACCCGGCGGGUAUUCGGAUUGGCUUUUUGGUUUUUUUUGUUUUUUUUUUGGUUUUUUCUUCUUCUCUUCCGUGGGCAGCGCUACUGGGACGCGCGGGCUCUUUUCCCGCGUGUCAGUCCGUGCGACCGCCGUCUUUGUUUCCCACCGCUCAGGCAGCUCCGCGUUGCUGUAAACGUAACCCCGCGGAUCGAAUAGGAUUUCUUUCGGAGGGAGCGCGAGGAAUAACAAGACCACAAUGAAACGUGAAGCAUUUUUACAAGUUGUGUCUAAAGAGUCAAUUGAAGACUUCUUGCGUUAUACUCAGAAUUCUUCACAGAAAAAUACAUUUGAUCCUUUUGACUUGAAUGAACUGCUUCAAGAAUUGCCAAGGAAGCAAAAGGAAGUUCUGUGGGAGAGACUGACGCAGUUAUUGACAGAGAGUUUGAUGGAGAACCCUGUGGAAACAUGGCAGAGGAUUGAAGAUGAUGAAAAUAGUGAUGGCAUGGAAGUUGAGAUAGUUCCAGAAAUGAAACAAACUGUAGCUGUGAUCCAAGGAGUGGCAGCUGUAGUUAUUGCUUCCAUACCUGCAGUGGAUGAAACUGUAAACUACAAAGCUCUUCUAGAAUGUGUUUUUAUAUUAAAUGGUAUUUGUCCCGCAUUACCUGAAUCAGAAAAAAACCUACAGGGUGCUAUCCAACAUGUAUGUGAAAUGUGGUGGGAGAAAGAACUGGAAGGGAAGGAGCAGCUAGGGAAGACUCUAUUUAUCAUUCUGCUAAAAAAAAGCCUGGAUAAAGCUGCUACGGGUGCAGAUGUAAGUCGUAUAUGGAAUCUACAUCAGACAUUACUUUGUUUUGAUUACGAUUCAGAGGAGAGUAAUCAAGUAAAGGACUUGUUGCUUCAGUGUUUUAUGAGUGUAAAAUACAUUAAAAAAGAAGAGGGAAGAAGAUUCUUGAGCUUUUUGUUCAGCUGGAAUGUAAACUUCAUUAAAAUGAUACAUGGAACUGUUAAAAACCAAUUACAGUUCUUUCCAAGGUCCUUGCUGGAAAGCAUUUCAGAAAUUUACUUCAGGGCCUGGAAGAAGGUGUCAGGAGAAUUUGUAAAGAUUCUUGAAUAUAACUGCAUUCAGGAUUUCAUGCAUCAUGGAAUUCAUCUUCCCAGAAGUUCUCCUGUUCAUUCUAAAGUUAGAGAGAUGCUGUGUUAUUUUCAUAAACAAAGUAAAGUUCAUCAAGGAGUUGAAGAAAUGCUCUAUAGAUUGUAUCAACCUAUCCUUUGGAGAGCACUGAAGGCCAGAAACUCAGAAGUUCGAUCAAAUGCAGCAUUUUUGUUUGUAGAUGCUUUUCCUGUUCGUGAUCCCAGUUUUAACACUGAAGAGAUGGACAAUGAAAUUCAAAAACAGUUUGACGAGCUUUUUAAUCUCUUAGAAGACCCUCAUCCAGUUGUCCGCUCCACAGGAAUACUUGGAGUUUCUCAGAUAUCAUCCAAAUACUGGGAGAUGAUUCCUCCAAUAAUUCUUGCUGAUCUUUUAAAAAAACUAAUUGGAGAGCUGGCAUGUGAUGUAACAUCUGCUGAUGUUCGAUGCUCUGUUUUUAAAUGCCUACCAAUAAUUUUGGACAACAAACUAAGUCAUCCAUUACUGGAACAGCUCCUGCCAGCAGUCAAACAGAGUCUUCAUGACAGUUCAGAGAAAGUGCGAGUGGCUUUUGUUGAUAUGCUGCUGAAAAUUAAGGCUACCAGGGCUGCUAAGUUCUGGAAAAUCUGUCCCGUGGAGCAUCUUCUGGCUUGUCUUGAAGUUGAUUCACGGCCUGUGUCACGACGCAUAGUGAAUCUCUUAUUCAACUCUUUCUUUCCCAUUAACCAACCCGAGGAUGUGUGGUGUGAGCGCUGUGUUACUCUAAUCCAGAUGAAUUCAGCAGCAGCUAGAAAGUUCUAUCAAUAUGCUUAUGAAUAUACUGCCCCCACCAAUAUAGCUAAAUUGAUGCUUACUAUUCGCCGCUGCUUGAAUGCCUGCAUCCAGAAAGCAGUGAAAGAGAGUCCUCAUGAUAGUGAUGAUCAUGAUGAAAGUGAAAAGGAGAAUACAAGUGUGUUGAAUAAUGUGUUGUCAAUAAAUGAUGUGGCCAGCAUGGCAAGUUUACUGGAGAUUACUGUAAUUCUCUGGAGAAGUAUCCAUAAAGCACUAGAUCACAAUGAAGAUGCCAAAGAUUAUACUAUCAGAAAAUUUGCUUCUGUCUUUCCUGAAUAUUUUAAAGUAUUUAAGGAUGAGCGUUGCAUGGCUCCAUUGGUUAUUCUGGCAUCUUUUAUGCCCCCUGCUGCUAUACCUACAUUCAGCUGUGGUGUGAUCUCCAAACUCAGAAAUCUUGACAGUGGAGCUGACCAAAGCAAAUAUUCUACCCUGAUAGACUGCAUGUGUCGCUGGGGUCAAGUGGGACAUAUUAUAGAAUUAGCCUGUGAUUGGUUGUCUGACACGCUAACCCCAAGAAAGAGUGUUCAGACAUCUAAACGACGAGUACGUAUCUGUGUAACACAUGAAUCGAAGCCAGAACUAGCAAUUGAUUACAUUGAAUAUUUACUGACUCAUCCUGUUAAUCGUGAUUGCCUGCUCUCUGUUCCUGAAAAGAAACUGAAAAAGCUUUUGAAAAUUCUCAGUGAUGCAAAGGAGGUUCUUGGCUCAGUUCUGAAAGCAACUGUUGCAGGUUCUGAUAGCUGCAAUCAAGCAACUGGCCUAAGAGCCUUCAGUCUCUUUUGCAGGUUAAGCAUUCAUCUUCAGAACAAGUUUUCUGAAGAAGAAAAAGAUUACCUCUUAUUUCUGAAGGAGACAGGUGCUUGGAUAGAAAGUCAAGUUUUACCUUUUCUUCGAGCAAGUGAUCAAGAGGGUGGCGUUUCAAAACGCAGUAAUGUUUCUGAAUUAAUUAUCCAGGCCUACCUGACAGUAUGUAAAGAUGUCAUAAUGGUUGGCCUUGGAAAUCUCACGUUUCAAGCACACCUUUUAGAUUUGGCUCUUUCAGUUAUACAAACAGAGAGAGGUGGCUUUUGUGCUCCAGUGUUACUGUAUGCUCUAAAAGAAAUUGUUGAAGCUUCUGUAACUCAGAAUACUGAAACAGAUGAAGUGGCAAAUCUCUUCCAUGUUGUACAGACCGUCUUCCAGAAAGUUUUAGAAUGUGUGGCAUGCAGACUCAAAAACCAGCAGGAAGAAGGGAUUCAGUUGAAGAACUCUAUUCAAGUGCCUCUUGGAGAAUUCAUACAUGCAGUCCAGUGCUGGCAUUCAUCUUGCCCAGCAGUUCACCAUGGUGUACUCUCUACUAUCCUGGCUGCCACAGUAGCAGAGAUAAAUUUUGUGCUACAGAAGGCUUCCAGUGAUAAAGACUUAACUAUACCAAAGACUACGUCAGACCUUCCUCCUCUUUCAAGCAGUCUAAUGGCCAUAAUUAAGAAGUCAGUUAAUGUUUUCAGGUCAUUUUUAAAUGAAUUAAUGGAAUACAUUCUCUCUGAAGAAAUUGGAGGAAUUUUUAGUCUAACAGCUACUGUCUGCAUUGUGAUUACAAUUAAAGGUAAGCACAAAACUUCAAUUCUAAAGGAUAUUGCAGCUGUCAUUCAGAGGAAACUGAUAACAUUCAAGGACGCUGCCACAAAACAAUCUAGCAGGACUGAAAGAUUCCUGUAUGAAUCAUCUCUGAAAAUUUUGGAUGAAUUUUUGAAUCCUUGACCAUGUGGAAGCUUUUGUCAUGAAAAUUAAAGGAAGGGAGAUGUAUUGGUUUCUAAAAAAGAUUAUCCUGUAAACUUAUUAUUAGUUAAAGUUUGUUUUCUGUUACUCUGUACAUUUAGAGCAGGCAAAAUGUAUAAAAGUGUGUAUAGAAAUCAUAUAUCAGUAAAGAUUUUUCAAACGGCUGUAAAGAAGUUAUUCUAUAUAAAAAUGUCUUAUUGGGGGGGAAUGUAAAAUCAGUACCUUUGCUUUUAUAAGACAAUUAAUAAUUGUAUCUUACGUACUUUACAAUUGAGGUAGCACGUGACCUCAGUCUCUGAGAAGACUGUAGAGCAUAUUACUAGAGGUUAUGUAAAUUAAUUUCGUUUUGAGACAUAUGAAGGACAAAAUGGUGAUUGGGAACAGCCAUCGUGACUUCACCGGGGCAAACUCUGCCUAACCAACCUGGUUUCCCUCCCUUUUGUGAAAGGAGAGAGAGUAGAGAAUGCCAUCUUUCUGGUCUUUAACUAAGACUUUUACACAGGCUUAUGUAGUAUCCGUGCAGCCAACUUGGAGAGAGGUGGACAGUUGGAGAGGUUGACUUAGAAGGUGGGUGGGGAACUGGCUGGACCAUCAGCUUUGAAGAAUAAUGAUGCUACAAAGUCAGAUUGUAAACCUGUUACUAGAGGCAUUCCUCAGGGCAGAUACUGUAGCCACUACUACUUAACAUUUUUAUUAAAGCUUGAGCAAGGGGAUGAAAUGCAGCCACGGUUUGUUGGCAGAUGACACCAUCUUGGGAGCGGCAAUGGAUACACUAAAGGUUAGGGUUGUCCCAUUCAAUGGGAUCUUGACAAGCUGGACUUAAGAAGCAUCAAAUCUCAUGAUGCUUAACAAAGACACAUGCUCUUCUACCAGUAAUGGACUAAUCCUGUGUAUCAGCCUAGGCAAGUGCAGAAGGGUGAGCUUACUGCAGUCUUCACCUACUGGAUGAGGAUUAAGAAAAGACUUUUCUCAGAGAUACACAUGAAGAGACUAUGAGGCAAGAGAAAUAAUUUGCAGCAAGAGAAAUUCUUGUUGGAUAUAGGAAAAAAAAUUCAUUAUGAGAGUGAAUUGAAACUGGAAAUGGAACAGGAAGAGGUUGCCCAGAGAGGCUGUGGAACAUUCUUCCUUAGAGAUGCGCAGGACUUGACUGACAUGGCCCUGAGCGUCAUGUCAUAAUUUUAAAAUUAGCCCUGCUUGAGCCAGGGAUUCGACCAGAUUAUCUCCUGAGCUUCCUCCCAAUUUCAAUAUUAAUGUGAUUGGGAGACAAGUAUACUACAGGGGAAAUGCCCUAGCUGUUAAACAUAUACUUUAUUACUACAUAAGUUAAAUUGGUUUAUAUUUAGCUAUUUAUAUUAAUUAAUAUUAAUGAUGUAGAUAAUGUAGACAUGUAAGCCACUUAUUUAAUUUUCUAAUGCAAUCAGAUGCUCUCCCAAGACUUGUAAUACAAUGCUGAUUGUAGAAUGUUAUUUUGCCUUAACUGAAAUACCUGUAAAUUAGAUGUCUAAGCUUAUGUCAUGGUUUAACCCCAGCCAGCAACAAAGCACCACACAGCUGCUCACUCACUGCCCCACCCCCUGUGGAUUGGGGUGUAUUGGGUUUGCGUGGCAAGGUUUUGGCAUGGGGGAGCUACAGGGGUGACUUCUGGCCAAGGCUGAGCCCAUCCGUGACAGUGGCAGCACCUCUGGGAUAAUGUACUUAA